AUGAAGUGCCCUUACUUGCUAUGUAGCUCACGACUCGAAGGAACCGAACUGCUCGCUGAGCUACUCGAUGGAGAAGAAACCUACCGUUUUCGAGCGCUCGUGCGGGACCCCUCUAGUAUCGUUUUGGAGAACUGUGACUUUUGGAUCGCAGCCUCCCAGACUGAGGUUCUGUUCGUAGACGCGGCUGAGGUCAGCGCUGCUCUUGCCGAUAUCAGCUACCAACCGGGUGGCAGUUGCUGGAAUGAGAUAAUAGGUGCAGGUGAGUCGUCGACGGACCUGUCUUCGGUGUCAGCGGCUUCCGUUUCGAGGCUUCUCAGCAGGGUGCGCCACUUUUUACGACCGAGCACUCAUGAGGCGGGUUGCUCUGGAACUUCAGUGGAGCAGGCAGCCAAGCAACCCCAAGAGGGGGUAUGUACCGCAAAGCGCAAAGUUGUUCUCUGCCAAAUCCCUCUGAGCUUUGUCUCGCAGAAUGCAACUUCCAGUAUUAGUAAUGAGUUCGAGUUUCGCACCAGACUUGGCAGAAAACUGCCACUUCUGUCAGAUUCUACCCUGCUUCAUGUGUUAGCGGAAUUGGAAUGGUUCAUAUACCGCGAGUUCUACCCGCAGUGCCCGGUUUUCACAGAUGAAGUUCCAGGACAUUUCGAUAAGCAUGGGCACUUCUUCCCCAUGGAUACCUUCGCCGUGAUUUGGGUUCCUGAUACCAACUCUGCUAUUCGCAUGCUAGAGCAGUUUUCAAGUGCGAAACUAUCUUGCAGGGUGCGAGAGAGUGAAACUCGGGAUCAUCAGCAGUUCCUCGACUGGCGUUUCAGGGCGCUGAUAGUUCGGUCGAGAACAGCACGACCCGAAACAGCAGCAAAUCGGGCCGACGAUAAUAAUCGGACGCUUAAGAUUGAUAGCCGCACUCUAGCGAAGACACCAGGAAUAGGGCUAAGGCGGCUCAGGACCCUCGAAGAGCAACCUGUGCUUAUACCGUUCCGACUCCUUGAACGAGAUACGGAUGAAAUAGAUCAACUCACAGAGGAGGAAAUGAUAAUCAUCGUAGGUCUGCGCCGUUUCCUUACUCAGAACCUUUUUCCUGAAGCCGAAUCAGCCACAUCGCUUCUGCAUCUCGAUUUCAUCUCCCACAGAAGACUGUGGUUUGAGUAG